AUGGGGAACUGGGCAGUCAACAACUGGUUGUCAGCUCUGGUGAUUGCUGUUUGGUUGGGGCUGAAUGUUGUCCUCUUUGUAUUGUUUUACCUGUCAUUUGAGUAUGGUGAAAACUACUACUACACCAGACAGAUCCUUGGGUCUGCGCUGGCAUGGGCCCGGGCUCCGGCCAGAUGCCUCAACUUCAACAGCAUGCUGAUCCUGCUGCCCGUUUGCCGGAACCUUCUUUCCUUCCUGAGGGGAACCUGUUCGUGCUGCAGACGCACCUUGAGGAAGCAACUGGAUCACAACAUGACCUUUCACAGGCUGGUGGCUUACAUGAUUGUCCUGCAAACAGCCGUCCACAUCGGUGCUCACCUCUUCAACUUUGAAUGGUACAACGAUGCCGCGCAAGCAACCGACGGGCGCCUGCCUGCCAUCCUCUCCCAACUGAACUGGAAUAACAACAUGUGGCUCAACCCCAUCCAUACCAACACCACGACACCUUUGCACGUGGCAUUCAUCAUCAUUCCAGGUCUAACGGGAGUGAUCAUGACCUUGGCCCUCAUCCUCAUGGUCACAUCUUCCGUGGAGUUCAUCCGCAGGAACUACUACGAGGUUUUCUGGUACACCCACCAUCUCUUUAUCAUCUACUUUGCAGGCCUUGUCAUCCAUGGCGCUGGGCGUAUCGUUCGUGGGCAGACAGCAGAAAGCCUGAAAGAGAACAAUCCUAACUAUUGUGCAUGCUGCCCUACAGAGUGGGGUCAAAACAACAGCCGCCAGCACUGUGAAGUGCCUGAGUUCAUAGGUAGCGCUCCUGCGGAGUCCUGGAAGUGGGUGUUGGCCCCUAUGAUUCUCUACAUCUUUGAGCGAGCCUUAAGGAUUUGGCGUUCUUGCCAGAAAGUGGUUGUCACCAAGGUUGUCAUGCACCCCUCAAAAGUGCUUGAGCUGCAGCUGUAUAAGUCGGGCUUCAAGAUGGAAGUGGGGCAGUACGUCUUCCUCAACUGUCCUUCCCUCUCCUACCUGGAGUGGCAUCCCUUCACUCUCACAUCUGCGCCGGAGGAAGACUUCUUCUCUGUCCACAUCCGGGCAGCCGGUGACUGGACAGAGGCUCUGAUCGACACCUUUGAGCAGCAGAAGCCAAUGAUGCCCAGGAUCAACGUGGACGGUCCUUUUGGCACAGCCAGUGAAGACGUCUUCCAGUACGAGGUGGCUGUGUUGGUGGGUGCUGGGAUUGGAGUGACACCCUUUGCCUCUGUGUUGAAAUCCAUCUGGUACAAGUUACAGCAUGGUGACCAGUCCCUCCAAACCAGAAAGAUCUAUUUCUACUGGAUCUCCCGGGAGACAGGAGCCUUUGCCUGGUUCAAGGACCUUCUAGCCUCCCUGGAGCACGAGAUAGAAGGGUCCAUCAGCAGAGGUUUCUUGAGCUACCAUCUCUACCUCACCGGCUGGAACAGCAGUAUGGUUGGGCAUGCAGCUCUCAACUUUGACAAGUCCACUGACAUGGUGACGGGGCUGAGGCAGAAGACGUCCUUUGGGCGACCCAGGUGGGACAACGAAUUCUCAGCAGUGGCCGCAGCCCACCCCAGGUCUGUCGUGGGCGUGUUCCUGUGCGGGCCAGAGAGCCUGGCUAAGACUCUGAAAAAGCAUUGCCGUCAGCACUCCAGCGUGGACCCCAGAAACGUCCAGUUCUACUUCAACAAAGAGAAUUUCUAAAGUGCCCGGACACUGCUGCACUCAGCGUGUUUUGCAGCUGAGGAUUGGCUGAAUGGUUCUUGUGAAGGAGGAUUACUGUUGUUGUGGUCGUAGGUUCAGCGAGGCUCCCUCCUUCUCAAUGGAUUGUGGUUCUCGGACCACCACCACCGCUCCCCCAAUAUCUUUGUGCUGUGCUUCUGUUGGUGAAAGGUGCAAGUCAACUGCUUUUCCAUGCAAAAGAUGGCGGAUUUUCAAUGGAGCUGUCCCUUCAAUAACUCAAGUUUCUGCAACCAUCUUGUCUUUGGGAGAGCAUGCUGUCAAAUAACCAGGCCUGUUAGCAAAGCUUCCGAAGGCUGUGCUGAAACAAUGGAUUCCAGACAUAAUCCAUAGACUCAGUGGAUUCCAAAC